GCUUUAAAAUGUUAUGUCUGCAAGGGUACUGAAGACGAUUGUAAGAAGAGCAAGUUGGAAAAAUACAAAGCCAACUUUUUAAAAACGUGUUUUAUCGGCAAUAAAUGCGUCAGAUCUUGGUCUAAAAGCAAAGAUGACGAUGCCUUGGUUUCGAGUGGAUGCACUUACCAAACGCUCUGUGACGCCGAAAAGUCCGCUUGUGAUAAAUUGAAGGAUACUUUGAAGGACUACCAUUGUGCGAUUGGCUGCUGUUCUGAAGACGGAUGUAACGCAAGCUCCCGUUUAGCUGCCAACAUCAUCCUGUUGGCUGUUUACUCUGUCCUGGGCUUAGCACUACUGAAGUAA